UAGCUUUUGUUGUUGGUCGUAACUUGAAGUUGUUCAAGGCUCAUCAUGGAUAUCAUUCAGCAGAUAGUCUUUUGGUCGUUUGUGCCAUCAUUCGUCACAAAGAAUACUCUCAUGGCUUAUCAUUAUGUUGCAUGCAGAAAGAACACUCCGCAGCAACACGAUCCUCGUUACAAACGUCACUACAAUAGAGCAUACGCUAUUAUUGUCACUGCUUACUUGGUGUUUACCAUCAUGCAGGCUGAGCGAAACUUGCCUGCAAACUUCUACAAUCUACUCAAUGUUGGCAUAGGACCAUACUUUGAUCAACGGAAACUUCGAGCAAGUUACAAAGCUCUAUCGCUUCAAUAUCAUCCUGACAAAUCUGGCAAUCACAAUCUAGAGAACGUAUACAUUAUGAUCCGACAAGGAUACGAUACAUUAAAGAACCCGCUCUUGCGCCAGGCAUAUGAUAAACUUGGCAUGGAAGCCUUUCAAUGCUCAUACUGCAAGACUGAGCGUGACUUUCUUCAUGAAGCUAUUCGAAACUGGAUGACAUUUUAUGCAGUUACCGCUGGUGUAUCAACAUUCUUUAGCGCCAUUGGUCGUAUGGAUUUUGGUAGAUAUUGGAGAUUUUCAGGAUUGUUGGCCAUUGCUGCAAUAGAGGCAGCAUGGCUGUUUUCAUCGACUGAUGUAUUUCCAUACAUUCUUCCAUGGCGUACAGUGUCACAAAAAAUUCAACUUUUGCGCCAGUUUUUUAUUACUGUAUCGAUUGCCAUUUCCCAGAUUGGUCCAAUCUUGUUUCCGGUAGACAAACGACCCAUCAGACAAGUCAUUUUGGAUCUGGAGCAGAAGAUCGAUAUGCAGACUCGACAGGCUGUAUCUUUUUUUGCAGAUGCCUUUUUACCUUUCCAAAAUGAUCCCAAAGCAGCUGGAAAACUACAACGGAAUAUGGAGAUACGGGCAGUUCAUACUGAUUCUGUUAAUACCGCUGCAUUGUCCAGUAGAAAUGGUGUUAGUAAUGGAACCACUGCUGUAUCCCAUAGCAGUGAAGAGUAG